AUUACACGCAUUCCAGGACCCGCUGAACGUGGGGUCUCGACUUGGCUUAGCAGCCGCGACCGUUCUUGCCGGCUUGGCAACAACGUCAUCGGAGCUAUGGUAGCUUCAGAAAAAUAAUCCACCUGAGCUGCGAACUGAUGGGUGUUGAGUCUGCUGACACGAGCAGCGGGAACAGCAGCCCAGCUCAGAAACAAACGGUUCGCAAUUACCCGUUCUCAGGGUACUACGAGCUCCGAGUUUCCAUUCCGCCAGUGUAGGGUCAUGCAAUGUCCCACCCACCAGUUUCCCCGCUGCUGCGGGCGUGGUACAAGUGGAAGAUGCUGCGCUUGCCAUGGCGGCGGCAAUUCCUCGUCGGCCUCGACCUAAACGGGAACACGUACUGGGAAUUCCUCGACCGCGGCUCGCGCCUGCCCUCGCCGAGCCCGACGCACCCGAACCUCUCGCCCGUCCGGUGGCGGCGCAUCGUGCGCUACCCGCGCGGCACGCACAACGGCGACGUCGUCGUGCCGCCCGCCUGGCACCAGUGGCUGCGGCACACGCGGCCCGACCCGCCGUCGCUCCGCGAGCAGCAGGCCGAGGUGGCGCGGCAGGAGCGCAUCAGGCUGCUCGCGGCGCAGGCGGACGCGCGGUGGGAGGCGAAGCCCAGGGCCAUGGAGGGUGGUCCUGCGUCGCCGUCCUCUCCGGAGGGGAGGGCGAAUCUGGGCUUGAGGGAGCCGCCGUUCCGGACGGACAGUAGGCGAGCAGGACCCGGUAAGCCCGAGGAUAGGGCGCGGCUGGGCGAGAUGAACGCCACGGGUCGGACGGGGGUCACGAAGAGUACGAAGGCUGGUGAUGAUGAUGCCGCAGCGGUUACGCUGGGAGAUGAUGAGGCCGUCAUCCAGCGGGAGGAGACGUGGAAGAAGAUGCAGCAAGAAGCCGAGGAAAAGCAAAAGAAGGGCGGGGACGAGAGGCCAGAUCCGUGGAAGCAGGCCAAAGGCGGGCCGAGCGAGACGUGGCAGCCGCAGGCCUGGCAGCCUGCUCCGAAGGCGAAGAAAUGAGGCGCCCACUCGCAAAGAGGGAUAUAUCUUGAAAGGUCGGAGGCCUGAGACCGAGGAAGUCGAAACUGACCAAGCAGCUGGAUAACAUGCAGGUGCUCAGAGGAAACACGGCGCCACCCUCGAGGAAGGGUCUCAGGAUGCCGUGAUAACGUGGGCGCCAGUGUACAACAGUGUAUAUGGGAACCUAUGAGGUAGGUCAUCUCACCUGGUCUUCAACUGGUCUUCGUAUAUGUAAGGUGACCAGCCAUAUGACCAUCGAGGAAAUAUGGCUCGGAAGAGGGCGGUUAUGUACUAAAUGAGUUAGCGUCCUCGCU